UGAUGGUAGGCCGGCGCGGAGAGGCACAGCUGUGGGUGCGGUUUCUGGCUGCGGGAGUAUCUCCUAGGAAAGUCCAGGCCGCAGGCCUGCCUGCUCCCAAAGUCCCGUAACGAAGAUGCUGCUGAGCUUUCGGAGGGACCGCAAGAGGCAGUUUAAACACAUCAUCCAUGGCCUCCUCCCUGCAGCCAGCAUCGCCCCGAAGCCAGCUGUACCCCGCACGCCUCCUCCGCGCAGCCCAGACCCGUCUCCAGAGCGACCCCGGUCUGCCCUGGCCGCAGCCAUUCUGGCAACCACACUGACUGGACGGACCGUCGCCAUUCCCCAGCCUCGCCAGAGAUCCUGGUCCGAGAGCGACACUUUCUCGUUGGGGAAGGACAGUGCCACGGAGCCACGGGCAGCCGCGGCUGAGCCCAGGCCUCGGCUGGAUUGGGAGAGCAAUUCAGGCAAAGUCCUUUCUUUGCCCUCCUUUGAGACAGUGGACUACAGGAAUGAGGAUGGCGGCGUGCCGGUGUCCACCAGCGACAAGGAGUCAGGGGACAGCAGUGCUGUGCGCACUGUGCCCCACAGAGGCCAGGUGCUGCUAUGGAGUGAAGAGGACAGUGAGCCUGAUGAUGCCACCUCUGCCGCCGCCUCGGAGUCAGGGCCCCCCAGCCCCUCCCCUCUCCCUCGCCAACACACACAGCCUGAUGGUACAUACUGUGUUCUGAAUUUAAAGGAUGACAGAACGCCGUUGUGUGACAAGCCGCCCCCCUCCCCAGAUCUAGCUGGUCGAGUACGACAGAGAUUUGUAGAAAUAACCAAAGAAAAGUUUGAGGAGUUGAAAGAAGAAAAUUUGCGCCUAAACACAAAAAAUCACACUCUCAGAGCUCAUCUAAAUGCUACAAAGAAAGAAGUGAAAGAUUUACAGUCAAAACUUGAGAAGCUGGAGCAGGACGACCAAAGGCCGGAAGAGGCUGCGCAGGCGUCCGGUCAGGGAGGGGGUACCUCCCUCGUCCUGAGAGUACCUGCUACACUUGAGUUGCUUUCUCUAAGAAAGCACGUGGAAGAGCUGGAACAUGAAAAUGACCAGUUGAAAGCCAUCACCCAUCGUUUGAAUGUGGAACUGAGUCGCUACCAAACAAAAUUCAGGCAUUUGUCCGAGGAAGAGAGUUCAGACGCCGGCGCCCUCCCAGCAAAUGGCCCCACGCCCCCCUGGCUGGUGGAUAUCAAGUACCUUUCACCCCUGUUGCUGGCUUAUGAAGACAGAAUGGACGAGAAGGACCAGCUGAAUGCUACCCUUGAGGAGGAGAUGCGCGCGUUCAGGGUGCGGGUGCAGCAGGUGGUGGAGGAGAACGAAGGCCUGCACCGGGUGAUGGAGAAGAGCAUGGCUGCCAGCAUGGCGGAGCGGCAGCAGCUUCAGACGCAAGCCGAGCUGGUUUUGGAGGAAAACAAGUUGUUGAUAGAGCAGUUGAUGAUCCAGGAGAACAAAGCCCAGGACGUCCAUCGGGAGCAGCAGCAGGAAGUGUCUAAGCUGACUAAACAACUCAUGCUGCUGGAGAUGAAAUCCCAGAGUCAGGAGAAGGAGCUGGUGGAGAGCAAGGAGCAGCUGGAGGCCUUGCAGGCCACCUGCCAGGAACUCAGGGCAGACGUGGACAGCAAGGUCACCAUGGACCUGCAUAACUCCAUUGUAAACAAGUUACAGAGCCAGCUGCAGGCAGAGGAGGAGAAGGAACGGGCGGAGCUGGAGGAGCUGCUGGAGAAGCUGACCGUCCUGCAGGUGCAGAACAAGAGUCUGUUGCUGGAAAAGAAGAACUGGGCCUCUCGGAACAAAGCACUGCAGGCCAGCCUUGAGCAGUCACAGAAGAAGAACAGGAAAUACCAGAAGAAAAUGGAUUCUCUCAAAAAGCAUGCAGAAAAAGCCUUGAAGAACGAGCUCUGUGCUCAUAACUACCUGGCCAGCCUCAUUACCUUGACAGAGAAUUUAGCCCAGGAGCGAGAUGGCCUCAAACAUUUGGCUAAAUGUCUAGAAAGCGAGAAGCAUGGAACUUUGGACAAAAUCAUAAAAAGCAAUAUCCGCCUGGGGAAGUUGGAGGAGAAAGUCAAGGGCUACAAGAAGCAGGCAGCCCUGUGGCUGGGGGACGCCAGCCACCUGCUGACGCAGCAGGAGGAGGACUUCGCCUGCAAGGCGGCCCGGUACCAGCAGGAGCUGGGGCACCUGCAGCGUGUGCUACAGGACAAGCAGGAGGUGCUGGACCAAGCGCUGCGGCAGAAGAGAGACAUGGAAGGCGAGCUUGAGAUUGUGUGGAAGUCCACGGCCAAAGAGAACCGCAGGAUGCGUGAGCUCCUCCAGGAGAGGGCCGGUCUUCGGGACCCGCCAGGAGCCGGCCAGGACCCCUGCCGGGACGGAGGCCUGCGGGAUCGCUGCUGUGAUGUGCGGCCUCCUGACCCCGCUACUAACCCCAGCACGUGGGAGCUCGUGGGCUAGGACAGGACAGGGGCCCGACCGGG